GUUUCCUCCACUCCCUUCUCUCACUGGCAUUAGUAAGACUUGGAACAAUAACAGGAUGCAGGGAUGCAGGACGGGAAAAGGCAGCCACCCAGCUGGGAAACUUUGGAGGCUGGAAAGCUGAACACUCCCUGCCUUGCUCAGUUCAGGGAACUAAGCAGAUUUCAUUUCAGUUCACUUGCGCUUCUGCUUUAUUCAGCCCGUGCUCGUGGUGUGCUGGCUGGAUACAGUCCACAGAGACUCGCUUCCAUUUGGGAUUAAGCCUGUUGCCAGUUGCUCAAGCUACAAUGAUGGCUAGUUGCCAUUUCCUCCUUCUGUUCUCUGUGUCGCUGGCAUUGUCCUCUGUUUAUGGAGAAGAUUUGUCAAGGAUCACAGCCACUGGUAGAGUUCAGAAACGCUUGAGGAGAGAGUGGAUCUGGAAUAAGAUGCACAUUUCGGAAGAGAAGAAUGAAACGCUGCCACAUCACGUGGGGAGGAUCAUAUCAAGCAUUCAGAACUCCAAUGCUAUGUAUGUACUCGAGGGGGACGGUGCCAACACAAUAUUCAAAGUUGAUGAACACACCGGAGACGUGUCUGCAUACACGAGGCUGAACCGAGAAAAGAAAGCUGAGUAUCAGCUGACGGCCCACAUUCUCGACCGUACAACCAAUAAGUCCUUGGAACCACCGUCCAAGUUUCGUAUCAUCAUCCAGGAUGUGAAUGACAAUGCCCCAGUGUUUGACCAAAGAAUUUUUAAUGGGUCCGUCUUGGAAAUGUCACCUAUAGGAACUUCAGUCACCACAGUGACAGCUGUAGACGCUGACGACCCGACACUUCUUGGCUACGCUGAUGUCGACUACAAAGUGAUCAAGGGAGAAAACUAUUUCAGAAUAGAUAAGUCAGGAGUCAUCCGCACGGCAGUAGCCAAUCUGGACCGAGAACAGAAGGCUACCUAUGAAAUCGUAGUGCAGGCCAUCGACGGCAAAGGUCUACAGUCUACAGAAUCGGGCACUGCUACAGUACGCAUCACACUGAUUGACAUCAAUGACAACUCCCCAACCUUUAAUCCAACAACAUACCAUUUUGAAGUACUUGAAAACAUCACCUUGAAUGGUGAAGUGGGCAAACUGAAAGUCGAAGACAUUGACGAGCCACAGAACAGAAACACCAAGUACAGUUUUGUCGGCGGAACCUUCCAAGAUACUUUCUUGAUCAUACCAAAGCCCUACACAAAUGAAGGAAUAAUUAAACCCAAGAAGCCCUUGGAUUUUGAAAAAACCUCCAGCUACCAGUUUCGUGUUGAGGCAACGGACGGCGAUAUAACCUACUUGAAUUCCAAAACGAAGGGAGAUAAGAGCAUAGCAACCAUCAACAUCAGAGUUAUAGAUGUUGAUGAACCCCCUGUCUUUGAAAAAUCUUCAUAUGCAUUUGAAGUGCUGGAAAACAGCGAUAUCAAGGUGCCAAUUGGACAUGUUUCUGCAGUCGAUCCUGAUCGGGCAAAACGAGAAAUAAGGUAUCGUGUCCUACGAUCCAGCUAUUUCAAAAUCUCGAACUCUGGGUAUAUUUUUGCUGAGAGGCCUCUAGACAGAGAAGAGCACUCCUGGCAUAAUAUAACGGUGGCAGCCAAUGAAAUAGAGAAUGGAAGAAUUUUAGCUCAGUUAGAAACUCACGUCCAAGUUUACAUCAAAGUUCUUGAUAGGAAUGACAAUGCACCAGAAUUCGCAGAACUGUAUCAACCGGGAGUCUGUGAGAACGCCGCACCAGGAAAGGUGAUCAUCAGAAUUUCUGCUGUAGAUAAGGAUGAAAUGUUGCCUGGAAUGAGAUUCACGUAUUCUUUAACCUCCGAAGACAGCAAUUUCACUCUGAUUGACAAUCACGAUAACACAGCAAACAUCACCGUCAAAUACGGAGAGUUUAAUCGGGAGCUAGUCAAAAUCCAUUACUUGCCUAUAGUCAUCUCUGACAACGGUGCGCCCGAGCAAAGCAGCACAAACACCCUCACUAUCCUGGUCUGUAAGUGUGACGAGGCUGGCCAGUUCACAUUUUGUGAGGAAGCAGCCAAACAAGUGGGAGUCAGCAUCCAAGCUCUGGUGGCCAUCUUUGUUUGCAUCCUCACAAUAUUUGUCAUUAUGCUGCUUAUAGCCCUGAGAAGGAGACACAAGAAAGAUCUGAACGUCCUCCGGAAGAACGUGGCAGAGAUCCACGAACAACUGGUGGCCUACGACGAAGAAGGCGGUGGUGAAAUGGACACUACUAGUUACGACGUGUCAAUCCUCAAUUCAGUCCGCCAAAGCGGUAUGACAUCACCACAAAUGACUCGGGAGACCAUGCCCUGCAUGUACUCCCAGGUCCAAAAGCCACUCAGACAUGGACUUUCUGGCACUGGAGAAAUGGCCAUUAUGAUUGAAAUGAAAAAGGAUGAAGCCGACAACGAUGGAGAUUUGCUUCCGUACGAUACUCUCCACAUCUUUGGCUACGAAGGAGCAGAGUCUAUUGCAGAAUCUCUAAGCUCUUUGGGAUCAGGUUCCUCCGACUCAGAUAUUGACUACGACUUCCUCAACGACUGGGGUCCAAGGUUUAAAAUGCUGGCAGAGCUCUAUGGCUUGGAAGCCAAUGAAAAUUUUGCAUAUUGAGUCAGAUGGAUGGCAAACGUUCUUACACUUAAACCACGAACGCCAGAACUGAGAGACUGCAGAUUCAUAAGGCAGCAACUGCCACGUCUUCAUGCAUUUUCAGAGCAGGUUGAUGUGAUCAGGAUCCAAGAAACCAAAAUGAGGUCCCAUUGCAUGCUGGGAGAAAAUAUUUCUCUUUACCUGAAAACGUAUUUAAUUUUCUUUAAAAAUCAGGAAGCAUCUUUCAUCUUGCUCUAUACUGUAAGAGGUCUGGUUUCUUCUGCCAUUCUCUGUUCUGUUAAUAUUCCUCAUAACCCUUCCUCAGAUUCAUCAUCACACUAGUCCCAUUACAUGGGUUGGCAUCAGGGCUUUUUUUGUAGUAGGAACUCCUUUGCAUAUUAGGCCAAACCCCUCUUAUGAAGCCAAUCCUUCAAGAGCUUACAGGGCUCUUAUUACAGGGCCCGCUGUAAGCUCUUGGAGGAUUGGCUAGGAAGUCAGUUCCCAAGCACACAGGAGCCCAGUGUGGAUUGCAACCACAACAUGUAGGGGGAAGGAGCUUCAGCUUUCCUCCACUAUGUCAUUUUCCCAACCUCAAACCUUUCUGUAUUCCAUCAACACAUUGGCAGUCCCUAAUAAAGGAACUAGCACCCUGUAGGGUCAUUUAAGCUUAGGAUCACACUCCAGAUUGGAAUACCUGUGCACUUAGGAGGAACUUGUCAUUGCCAGCAGACUGAAAAUCAGACUGUGGAAUUCAGACACAAACCAUGAAAAAAAGUGGUGUAUAGUUCGGUCUUGGGAAACAGGAACUUUGACACCCAAGCAAUGAACUCCAUGUAUGAAUCAGCCAUCAAAGACCAAGCUCCAAACAUCUUCAACAUCAUGAAGAGCUCUCCAACUCUCCUCAUAGGCCGCAUGCUAAUUAAAAAUAUUGCGAUUUGACAAGCAUUUUCACAUCUAAAGCUUCUCGGCUUUGGCUUAAAUCAGCAUAUGAGGUGAAUUGUAGAACCUAAAUUGGUUGUAAUGCACAUUGGAGCUGACUUCCAAAUUCACGUGACAUAAAUCAUGGUAUAGAUGGAGAGGCUCAGAAAUCUUACCCUAACAAAUAUACAUGGCCUUUUUGCCUUUGUUAUAAGAAUUUGCCACCCAUUGGGCUAGGAAGGUCCUCUUCAGGGUAAAAAGGGAGAAAUUCUCAGCCUCAGGUUGUAGGUCUAUCACAUUAAUAUACAGGCUAAACUUUUGUUUGUUCAAAAACUAGACUGUCAAACACAGUCAAAGAAAUUUUUUUUCAGGGGUCUUUCAAAAUUAAGAGCAUUGUUGACUAUGAAACUGGAGUUUCAUAGUCAACAAUGCAAUCCUAUGCAAGUACUCUGCAAUCCUAUGCAAGUUAUUCCAGUCUAAAGUCAUAGAUAUUAAUGGGCUUGGAAUUGUAAUAACUCAGCCUAGAACUGCACUGCCAAUUCUUUCCUAUUUUUUUUCUUGGUACUGUGAAAAUGGGUAUUUUUUAAUGAAGAAUUUGGCAGUUCCAAGUGUAAAUAGCUCUGUAGGCCCUUUCAGGAUUAUUGUGAGCUUUUUGCUUCAUUUCACCCAGGUGAAUCCAACCAUAGAACUGGGUCCAUAGACACCCUUUUCAUGGAAUAAGCUCUUCCACAUUAGGAGAAUACCUUGGGUCCAAUCCCAGGGGUUUUUUUGAGCAGGACUACAAUUCUGACUGGCUUGGCAUAAGGGGGUGUGGCCUAAUAUAGAAAUGAGUUCCUGCUGGGCUUUUUCUACCCAAAAACCUCAAAAACCCUGGUUUGAAUCCAUCCCAUCCACUGUUAAGGCAACCCCAACAUUCAAGAUUUUAUGACAAGAUGGAUUUAACCCAAGUCCCUCCUACACACCAGACCUAAACUAAUAUGAGACUUUCCCUCUAUGAGGGAGGGGGCAAGAAGGAUCUCUGAGAGAAAAUUCUCCACCUUCUCACCAAGCUGGAAUUUUUUGAGAGGGAGCCAUGACAGUUAAACGGGUAUAAACCAAAAAAAAAAAAUCUGAGUAGUACAGAUACUCAGUGUAAAGCUGAUAACUACUUCACAGCAUCUGUCCUGCAAAGUUUUAGAAGCGCAUGAGUGUCCUAGGACCUUGUUAGCAUGGUUCAAGAUACACAGCUUUGGAAGAAAAUGAAUACCACCAUAAUAACUUAAUAUUACAUGUUGAUGAAAAUUCCGUAUUAGUUAUGCAAUCAGCCAUCAUGGCAGCUGUAGGUGUACCAAAGCGAAUGAUCUUGGUGUUUUGGCAUGGUGUGCCCCCCAAACAGAUACUCUGCUUUGUAGAAACUGUAGUGUGAACGGAUGAAAUAGCUUAGUGGAUGUAACAUUGGUUAUUGAACAUUUUGUAUCUUUGUAUUUUGUGUAAUUACAGCUAACACUGAAGGGUCAUCUCAGAAACAAAGUAGAACCUUGCUGUUUGCAUUUCAUAAAUGCAUCCAUCCUAUAGCCUGUAAACUAUAAGCAUCUUUUAAUGGUUUCCCUUGCCAUGAUCCUACCUCACUAACUUCUAAUUGCCAAAUAUACUGCUAAUCAUUUACUGAGCUGUUAUUAACUCUGUAAAUAAUUGUUUUUAUAAUAAAUGAGGGAGGGAGGGGAAAGAAAGAAAGAAAGAAAGAAAGAAAGAAAGAAAGAAAGAAAGAAAGAAAGAAAGAAAGAAAGAAAGAAAGAAAGAAAGAAAGAAAGAAAGAAAGAAAGAAAGAAAGAAAGAAAGAAAGAAAGAAAGAAAGAAAGAAAGAAAGACUUCAAUCUACAGUCUCUCCAUUGGCAUUCUGACAGCCCUAUGCAUGCACUGACAGCAGCUUCAGACAUUAGAUUUUGUAUGUGGGAGCUGAUUCCUGACUAUAAAACCCACAUAAUUUAUAGAUUGCAGGUUCUGAUAGUAAAACAUAGGAGUGGGGAUGUAAUCCUUCUUUAGCCACCCCUCAGCCUGUGCAGGCAAAUGCUGAAAUUUACAUAUCUGGGUUCUUUUCCUCUGUGAAACUUUGGACCUCUGUCCGGAUCUAGUUGUGCAUAACUACGAAAACCCUGGAAUGGAUGUGCAUCCACACUGGGGGAGGGGGCAGGGGGAGAUAGCCAAUCGGUUAGAAAUGUAGAAGCAUAGAGCUGGAAGUGGUCCCAAGGGUCAUCUAGUCCAACCCUCUGCACUAUGCAGGAAAUUCACACCGGUCUCCCCCCACCCCCCAAGUCCCCCUGUGAUUCUUGUUCUCUGCCCAGAGGAAGGCAAAAAACCUCCAGGCCAAUCUGUAGGGUUGUCUGCUCUGGGACAGGAAAUACCUGAAGAAUUGGGGGUGGAGCCUGGGGAGGGCAGGGUUAGGAGAGGCGAGGGACCUCAGCAGGGUAUUAUGACAUCAAGUCUACCCUCCAAAGCAGCCAUUUUCUUCAGGAGAACUCACGUUAGUCAGUUGGAGAUCAACUGUUAACAGCGGAAAAUCUCCAGCUGUCACAUGGAAGUUGGCAUCCCUUCCAAUCUGGCCUGGAGUUCUUCCUUCCCAACCCCAAAGUAGCAAUCAGAAAUAUCCUGAGCCUCAAGAGCCGAACACUGCCUCAUCCCUUCCUGCCCUCCUUCUCAUGAGAGCUAGUUUAGUGUAGCAGUUUAGUGUACAGACUUUUAUCUGGGAAAACCAAGUUCAAUUCCCAACUCCACAUGCAACUGCUGGCAUGAUCUUGGGUCAGUCAUAACUCUCUCAGAGCUGUUCUGCUCAAGAGCAGUUCUUGGAGAGCUCUCUCAGCCCCACCUACCUCUCUGGGUGCCUGUUGUGGGGAGGGGAAGGGAAAGGAAUUUGUAAGCCCCUCUGAGACUCUGAGUGAAGGGCGAGGUAUAAAUCUUCUUCUUUUUCUUCCAUAGCAAGUUCAAUGAGCCUAGCUGAACAUUGUGGUUUAGAUGAAUAUGCAAAUAUCUGCUCUUGCCACACACAGAACGCUCCCCAUCUGGGACCCCUUUUUUCAUGCUGUGCAUUUUCUACUUGGAAAUUUGUUCCUCAGCAGAUGCAACCGAUGAAACUGAUCUUGAUGUAUCUCCUUGGUGCCCACUGCCUCUCCCGAUUCUGUGCCUUAGCUAUCCAACACAGCUUUCCUUAGAUAAGAGCCUUGAUCUGGCAAGACAUCGUUGGGAAAAGAGCCUUUGUGAUCCGUUCCCUGCAGCAGCUGCUCUGCACCUGGGUGACUUCCUGCCAACCUUCCACACGCUCCGUGUCUACUCGGCAGGAAAUCUGCAAUCCUCACUUUGUUCAGGAUUCCACUCCAAAGCUUAUUCGCCAUUUGGAACAACUCAGUGCGGUUCUAUGAAGAAUGUAAUAUAAAGUGUUAUCCCGACUAACAAAGAUCACUAUGUAAUUUACCCCUUACUGUUUAACCAAUGAGAUUAACUAGGAAAAAAAAUAUUUAGAGCCACUGUAAUGCUUUUUGUAAACGUUAUCCAGUUUCGAUGUCCUUUGAUUUCCUCUUCCCUGGCUGUUCCUUUAUGGUAGCAUGUUUGUACCGAAGCUACUCUAAGGAAUUAGCAGCCUUAAUUUCUACUGUACAUCAAUCUCUUUUUUGUUUUUUGCACUGGAUAGUUUUGUUAUCUAUUUAUGUACUGUGUUGUGUUUAUUGGGGAUUUUUUUUUACUUACAUAAAAGCCAAAUUCAAGUA